GACGCCAUUUUGGAGGAAAGUUUGGAAUUUCGGAUAUAUAGGAAGGAGAAAAAAACAGGAGGGGAGAGAAAGAGAAGUUUGGCUUGAGGGGAAAAAUAAGGAAACAUCAGGGGAAAGGAUUUUUGGAGGAAGAACAACCAGUAUGAGGGAAGGAGGACGUCGCUAAUACAUGGAUUGAACUUCACAUACGUCAACCUGAAAGUGGAUUUGUUAUUUCAGAUUGUUUUAGUACUUGUAGCAGUCUCGCGGCAGUAUAUGUGGAUUGUUGCGCUGACAUAAUUAUGCACCGCACGACCCUCCUCCUGGUUGGUUGAUGACCGGUCCGCUCCAAUUUUCUGUCAAAGUUUAUCAAAGUCCCAGGGCGAGCAAAGAGCGCAGGCGGCCAGUGUGCAUGUCUUGCGAGGUCUGCUGAAUCCCGUUCGCCACUGUCAGGUUUCUGAAGUGUGUCUCGCUGGCUGGCUGGCUGGCUUGCGAACCGGUGGGGAUUUGGACGCCAAUGCACAGAUCGGAUUCUCUGUUCGUUUGGUACCAAAGUAACCCUUAGUGCAGCUAGCUUGCUAGCUGACACUGUAAAAUAUUACAACAGAUAGGUGCAUAGCGCUUUGGCGAUCAGGGGGAGAAUUAUUCGGCUUUCAUGCGAAACGGAACAAACUCUCCCACUGGUACGGCCGCGCUAAGGACGUUUAAAAUAAAAGGGUGUGUGUAGCGUGGGUUAAACACUGCGGCUAGAUAGUUAGCGUUGUUAUUUUAUUGGCUUAUUUGCUCAUUACACCUGGAUUAUAACAAUGCCAGUUAGAAAAAAAGAUGCUCAACGUGCACUGCAACUGCUGGAGGAAUAUCGGACUAAACUCAGUCAAACCGAGGACCGACAGCUGAGACACUCGAUUGAGAGGGUUAUCAACAUUUUUCAGAGCAGUCUAUUUCAGGCUCUCCUAGAUAUCCAGGAAUUUUACGAAGUGACCUUGCAGGACAGUCAGAAAUGUGUGGAACCUGCCAAACCGGCAGAGCCCGUCCCUCCGGUCAACCUGUGGGACUUCUCCAGCCUGCCGUCCACCACUGUGACGUCAGAAACCCUUCCCAGCAGCCUUAGCGCUAGUGUGGAGAAAUACCGGUACCAAGAUGAGGACGGUUCCCCGCCCCCGGACCUGGGCUCGCCGAGCCUCCCCAACGAGGUGCCGGGGCCCGAGCUGGUGCAGGUGGCCGAGAAGAACCUGUCCCAGAUCGAGAACGUGCACGGAUUCGUGUCCCACGCGCACAUUUCCCCCAUGAAGGUAGAGUCCCUGGAGUGCAUCUUCGACGGGUCGCCCGCGUUAGGGAACGAGGAGGUCCCGACCCCCACCUUCUCCACCCUGUACGCACAAAGCGACACCUUCCUGCAGCAGGCAGAUGCUGUGCCUCCCUCUGUACCCAUAAUUCCUGUGAUCCCUAUCUCGCCAGUCCCGGCCGAGACCACUGUCUUCCCUGCAUCCACGCCACAGGCAAACCCACCGCCCGUCGUGGUCAAUGCAGACAGCGUGGACUCUCCUCCUUAUGUGAAUGGAACAGAAGCAGAUUACGAAUAUGAGGAAAUCACACUUGAACGAGGGAAUUCCGGCCUGGGGUUCAGCAUCGCAGGAGGCACGGAUAACCCCCACAUUGGUGAAGAUCCCAGCAUCUUCAUCACCAAAAUCAUCAUGGGCGGAGCAGCGGCCCAGGACGGCAGACUCCGAGUGAACGACUGCAUCCUGAGAGUGAACGAGGCAGACGUGAGGGACGUGACGCACAGUAAAGCGGUGGAGGCCCUGAAGGAGGCCGGCAGCAUCGUCAGACUGUACGUCCGGAGGAGAAAACCGCACGGCGAGAAAAUCGCUGAAAUCAAACUCAUCAAGGGUCCCAAAGGUCUGGGGUUCAGCAUAGCCGGGGGUGUGGGGAACCAGCACAUUCCUGGAGACAACAGCAUCUACGUCACCAAAAUCAUCGAGGGAGGGGCGGCACUCAAGGACGGCAGGCUGCAGAUAGGAGACAAGCUUCUGGCUGUGAACAUCACUUGCCUGGAGGAGGUGACUCACGAGGACGCGGUGGCCGCUCUGAAGAACACCUCUGAUGUGGUGUACCUGAAGGUGGCGAAACCCAGCAGUGUGUUCAUGAACGACAGCUUCGCCCCGCCGGACAUCACCAACUCCUACUCCCCGCACGUGGAGAACCAUAUCAGCCCGCCCAGCUUCCUGGGCCAGCCGAUAGCCCCCGUCGCCCCGGGGCGCUACUCCCCCAUCUCCAAGCCCCUGCUGGGAGACGAUGACAUCACCAGGGAGCCCAGGAAGGUGGUGCUGCAUCGAGGCAGCACGGGGCUGGGCUUCAACAUUGUGGGCGGAGAAGACGGAGAGGGCAUCUUCAUCUCCUUCAUCCUGGCGGGAGGCCCGGCAGACCUGUGUGGAGAGCUGCGGAAAGGAGACCGGAUUGUGUCUGUGAACGGGGUGGACCUCCGCUGCUCCACGCACGAGCAGGCAGCCGCGGCGCUGAAGAACGCAGGGCAGACCGUCACCAUCGUGGCCCAGUACCGCCCGGAGGAAUACAGUCGCUUUGAGGCCAAGAUCCAUGACCUGCGGGAGCAGAUGAUGAACAGCAGCAUCAGCUCAGGAUCCGGCUCCUUACGGACCAGCCAGAAGAGAUCGCUAUACGUCAGAGCGCUGUUUGACUACGAUAAGACCAAGGACUCUGGGCUGCCCAGCCAGGGCCUGGACUUCAAAUUCGGGGACAUCCUGCAUGUGGUGAACGCCUCGGACGACGAGUGGUGGCAGGCACGGCAGGUGACCCUCGACGGGGAGGUGGAGGAGGUCGGGGUCAUUCCCAGCAAGAGGAGGGUGGAGAAGAAGGAGAGGGCCCGCUUAAAGACGGUCAAGUUCAACCCCAAGUCCCGCGACAAAGGGCAGUCACUCAAUGACAAGCGUAAAAAGAAUCUCUUUUCCCGAAAAUUCCCUUUCCUCAAGAACAAGGACCAGAGCGAGCAGGAAACCAGCGAUGCCGACCAGCAUGUAACCUCUAACGCCAGCGAUAGCGAAAGUAGCUACCGUGGACAGGAGGAGUACGUUCUGUCUUACGAACCCGUCAACCAGCAGGAAGUGACGUACACCCGUCCGGUCAUCAUUCUCGGGCCCAUGAAGGACCGCGUCAACGACGACCUGAUCUCUGAGUUUCCAGACAAGUUUGGGUCGUGUGUGCCCCACACGACCAGACCGAAGCGUGACUACGAGGUGGAUGCCAGAGACUACCAUUUUGUGGUCUCGCGGGAGCAGAUGGAAAAGGACAUCCAAGAUCACAAGUUCAUCGAAGCCGGCCAGUACAACAACCACCUGUACGGGACCAGCGUCCAAUCGGUGCGCGAGGUGUCCGAGAAGGGCAAACACUGUAUUCUGGAUGUUUCAGGCAACGCCAUCAAGAGACUCCAAAUCGCACAUCUGCAUCCUAUCGCUAUUUUCAUCAAACCAAAAUCUGUGGAAAAUAUUUUGGAGAUGAAUAAGAGGCUGACAGAGGAACAGGGCAGAAAGACCUUCGACAGAGCCAUGAAACUAGAGCAGGAGUUCACUGAGCACUUCACCUCGAUCGUACAGGGGGACACCUUGGAGGAGAUCUACAGCCACGUAAAGCUGAUCAUCGAGGAGCAGUCUGGACCCUAUAUAUGGGUGCCGGCCAAGGAGAAGUUGUGAAGAUGCCGGAAGCUCUAGCUUUUUCUUUAUUUGAUUUUUCUUUUGUAAUUAUUGUUAUUAUUCUUUGAUUUUGAUUUUUUAACCAACCUGGCCUGUUGUGUCUGAAGGCGCUUGCUCCUUGCCCCGAUGUCACCUGUCGCCAGGGAGACUCCUGACUUCAAGACUCCUGAUUGGAUCGUUACUGUUUCCUGUGGGGGUGGGGUCGGGGGGAGCACUGCCUGACCAGCAACUAAAAGGGGAAUUUACGGUACAAUUCCUUAAUGUUUAAGGGAGGUGACUUUCUGCGAAAAUAAUAAAUAAAAUCUAGAUGCAUUAUAUAUUAUUUUUUCAUUACAGUGGAAGGAAGUGCAGUCAUGUGCGUAUGGGUUCAUCAAAAACAUGAAGCAAAACUUUGCACGUCAUUGCUUUAACAGCAUGUUUUGAUUAAUAUAUUUUUUCUGUCAAGCUUUAUUUUUCUUUAAUUUGCCGUUUCAUGUUGGGGGGGGGUCCUGUAUCUGAACUGCAGUAAUCAUAGCCUUGUUUUAAUUUUACCAUACUCUUCCACGCAUAUUUCCACAACCCCAACAAUCUGUUCACAUUGGUCGGCCAUUUUGUUUUCUCCAACAAGCAACUGCACAAGUACAAGAUGGCGCGACACGUUAGAAUGUUAAUAGAAAAGAUUUAAGCAACAUCCCAUGAUUAAAAACCGCUAAUCUCACUACGAUCACCGGCUGUUUUUUUUAUCUUUUGGUGCUUUUGAGAAUUCAUUAAAUGCAAACACAAAAAUGAAACGGAGUGGCUGUUUUUAAACCCGAGAUGUCCGUAUGUAAGUAGGGGCAAAAUGUGAGAAGCCGAAAGAAUUUACUGUACACUGAGAUUUUAACAGAUAUUUAACCCUCAGUAAACUGCCUAUUUUGUUAUAAUAAAAGUCUAUAUUGAACUUUACUUAAACAAUACAACUGUGGGAAUUAUUUUCUUUACAUUGUCGAGCAUAUAUAAAUAUAAAUAUAUAGAUAUAUAAAUAUAAAUAUGAAUAUAUUUUUCCUUUACUUUUACCACCGCCUCCUUUGCCAUUUGAUUUCCUUUUUGAGCAUUGAAACAGGAAAAGCCCCAUCCUAACAGAAGAAGCCCGGUGGUAGGGUAACAGUAUUUGGUCUGAAGCAGCCGCAAAUAAGUAACCCUGGCAGCUAGUUCUCCUCUAUCCUAGCCCUUCCAUAUGAAUUCUCUGUGAGUUUUUUCAUGUGAUGUGCAUGGUUUUUAAGCAAUAGUCUUUAUUAUAUAAAAUAAGUUUAAAAAAAGAAAAGAAAAAAUGACUCCGUGUUUUCACCUGGGAUUGUGAAUCAUCAUAUCUUAAACGCAUAGCUCCUCCUGGGAUUGUACAGGCUUCUCUUGUGUGGACGUGGCCAUCACUUGGUUCUGAACGGAAGCGCUCUUUAAUACAAGCCUUUAUUCCUCCACCCACUAGAGGGCGCUCCGCCUGCUUCCCUUGCUCGCCCUCAUGUUCCCCGAAGAUGAUUGUUUUCUCUGAGACUGCUUCUUUAUCACCUCAUCGCCACUUUAAUUUCACUCAUUUUUUUGGACUGGAUUAUGUAAAUAACCUAACGGCCUGAUUCAUUCCAUUUGUCAAAAGAGGAGAACGGCUAAUAAAAUCUUUCUCUUACAACA